AUGGCGAAGAGCCAAGCUCAAGAUUCCAGUCGAACUGUCGAGGAGAAGCACCAGCCUCCUCCAUCGGCAGGGGAUGGCGCUCUAAAUCUGCUUGCAGCUGCUAGUGAGGUGGACGAUCCUGAUGGCACUAAGCAGCGUCGAUUGGUUCGCAAGAUCGAUUUGCAUAUUAUGCCUUUGAUUUGCAUAGUCUAUUUCCUGCAGUACCUGGACAAGAUAGCCAUCAGCUAUGGCAGCGUCACGGGCAUGAAGACCAGCGCCCACCUGCAAGGCGAUCAAUACAACUGGGUCUCGAGUAUCUUUUUCUUCGGGCAGCUGGCCUUCCAGUUCCCCACAAUCCGGCUCACGCAGGCCUUUCCUUUGGCGCGCUAUGUGGCCGUCAACGUGGUGAUCUGGGGUGGACUCCUGGCGUGCCUGGCGGCAUGCAAGUCAUUUGCGUCGUUGAUGGUCUGUCGCGCACUGCUGGGAUGUGCCGAAGCAGCCGUGAUCCCGGCGUGGGUCGUAUUUACUUCGCAGUGGUAUCGCAAGGAAGAACAGGCCUUCCGAGUGGGUUUGUGGUUUUCCAUGUGUGGCUUUGCGCAGAUGUUCGGCGGCUAUGUGGCAUAUGGCGUGGCUAUCCACGUUGGCAGUGACCCGAAUGCUGCCCUCCGUGGAUGGCAGAUCAUCUUUCUCAUCACCGGCCUCCUGACUGCCGUGGUUGGGGUCGUCUUUUUCUUUAUUCUCCCUGAUUCUCCGUUGACUGCAAAAUUUCUGACCCCGACGGAGAAGGCUCUGCAUGCGGAGCGAUUGCGAGACAACGAGCAAGGUAUUGGGAGUACUGUGUUCAAGAAGGAACAGUUCUAUGAAGCCCUUCGUGACCCGAAUACCUGGCUGUACUCGUUUUGGGUAUUUGCAGCCAACAUCCCGAAUUCCAUCGCUACAAGCUUUGGCAAUAUCCUCGUGACGGGCAUGGGGUAUUCCUCCACGCAAAGUCUACUGCUUGUGACACCGCUGGGCGCAUAUGAAGUCGUCGCCCUUAUCGGUCUGACCUAUCUCAGCAUGAAAACGGAACAGCGGCUGCUAUGGUGUAUCGCAGGGCACAUCCCGUCCAUCGUGGGCGCGAUCUUGAUGGCUACCACCAGCAAGGCUCCUGCGCUAGUUGGAUACUAUCUCUCCGGUGGGAUACCAAUCGGCUGGACCACCAUUCUCGGCCUAACGAGCACCAAUGUCGCCGGAUCCACGAAGAAGAUCACCGUUGCGUGCAUUCAGACUAUCUGCUAUACUGUGGGCAAUAUUAUCUCGCCACAGACAUUCCAAGCGAAGGAUGCACCGCGGUACUUGCCUGCCAAGAUAUCGAUCUGUAUUUUGUACUUCCUGAUCACAGUGGACUUGUUUGUUAUCCGAUGGCUGUCUAUUCGCGAGAACCGGCGGCGCGAUCGAGCCAAGGAAGCACUUGGUGAAGCUCAUGCGGUCGAGCAGAACCAUGAAUUCUUAGACCUGACGGACCGGCAAAACCAGGAGUUUCGCUAUGCGAUUUGA